CCAUGGCUGCCUUGUGCUGGUCUCCAUAGCCACCUACUUUACGUCAGGGAGGGAAGCCAGUGUAUUUCCUCCCCUUCUUUAUCUAAAGGAAGUGCCAAAAUAAGCAUCAGCAGUGGACCGAGUUGGGACACCUUUUCCAUUCGCCACGCAGUAAGAGUCUGAGGGUGAAGUCAGAAAGGUUCACAGCCGCAGAAUCACCAUGAAGUCGACCAGGGUUCUUGUCCUCCUCCUGCUGGCAUCGAUCCCAGCCUUCAGGACAGAUGAAACAGAUGACACAAAGCAGGGCCAAGAGACAACACGGACAACAAAGCCAACAGUUCCAUCAGCUGAAACAGGUGACAAAAAGAAGGAACAAGAGACAACACAGACAACAAAGCCAACAGUUCCAUCAGCUGAAACAGGUGACAAAAAGCAGGGCCAAGAGAUAACACAGACAACAAAGCCAACAGUUCCAUCAGCUGAAACAGGUGACAAAAAGCAGGGCCAAGAGAUAACACAGACAACAAAGCCAACAGUUCCAUCAGCUGAAACAGGUGACAAAAAGAAGGAACAAGAGACAACACAGACAACAAAGCCAACAGUUCCAUCAGCUGAAACAGGUGACAAAAAGCAGGGCCAAGAGAUAACACAGACAACAAAGCCAACAGUUCCAUCAGCUGAAACAGGUGACAAAAAGCAGGGCCAAGAGAUAACACAGACAACAAAGCCAACAGAUUCCCCAGCUAGAUCAGAUGACACAGACGACAAAACCAAAGACCAAGGGGCAUCACAACCAAAUAACUCCACAAAUUCCCCAGCUAGAUCAGAUGACACAGACGACAAAACCAAAGACCAAGGGGCAUCACAACCAAAUAACUCCACAACUAUGCAAAAUCAACCUCUGCAACCAAGAUCUUCUCACCUUCCAAACCAAAGCAACCACAAUGAUACUUCUUCUAGUCCAGGACCUGAUGACACUGAAGAAUCAAAAAUAAACAAAGGCAAAGUUACUUCUGUCACAGAGAAUCCUCAACCUGAAAAAGAAAAUCCUAAAGAGAAUGGUGCUGGUUCUCACACUGGGAGUGAUGAGAAAGUACCACCCACCAAAUCAGACAACAAGCUGUGGUGGAUUCUGCUGCCUGUCACUUUGAUUACUGGUGCUGCUGUUGCCACCUUCCUCAAAUUCAAACACAAGAGGGUCAACGAAUGCACAGAAACCAUUGAUAAUGGAACUGAGAACGCGUCUUUCCAGAGCAGACCCGAAAGCACCAAAGAUGGUGUCAUGCUCCUCGGAGUGAAGUCAUCAGGCGGAGAAGAGAAUGCUGCAGCGAGAUAAAAACAGAAGGGCAGUAACAUCGAGAUCAGCCAGUGGAUGAGUCACAACUGUCACCCACAUACUGGUCUUCUGGAGGAAGUGGUUAGAUGUUUAAUUUUUUUUGCGAAUUUUGUGAAACAUUUGUGAAGCAGAAAAGUAUUGGAGAGUGGCGUUCAUGUAUGAUUCUGUAUGCUGAAAGUAGUUUUAUGACUGUGAUCAUAAACCUCAGAGUAAGUCAACUUAUUCUUAACCAGUAAGGAUUUCAAACUGCAAACCUCUUUGAAAUGCUAGUAUAUUCAAACUUUUCAGUAUACUGUUGACACAGACCUAAAUACAGCUACAUGACUCAUUAGUGUCUAUGAAACACCUUUUCCGUACAAUGCACUGAUCUCAGAUCCAUCACAUAUUGGAUGUAAUAAAUCACUGUUCAUUUGAUAGUUACUUUAUAAUUAUCCUUCAGUGUUGCUCUUACCUAUCAUGUUUUUGCCUUAAACUAUUUUGUAGAUUAUGAUGUUUUUGUUUUUGUUUUGUUUUUGACUCUGUGUGUGUGUGUGUGUGUGUGUGUGUGUGUGUGUGUGUGUGUGUGUGUGUGUGUGUGUGUGUGUAUGUGUGUGUGUGUGUGUCAUUCAGUGUCACCAAAAGAUGGUAUAAGAACAGGCUCUUUUGGGAUGUACUCCAUUUUUACUUUUUGUGUAACUCAGUAAAGUAUUUUUUUUUAUAUUCCAAUAGGCUUCUCCACUGGAAACAUUUUUUAAGGCAACACGUUUGCCUUCCACAGCAAUACUGUUCAUUCACCAGCAAUUUUGUGUGUACAUGUAGCUAAACUCAAAGUAAGAGUAAGUACAGUAAGAAGUGUUUUUAAGUAUUUCAAUAAGUAUAACAUUUUAGCACAAUAAGUAGAUAAAGCAGACGGAGGUGUUUGUAUUCAAAGACAGGGGGACUGUUUUAUGGCUGGAAUUAUUUGUUGUUCAAUGUCAAUUUCCUCAAUAAAUCACUGAAAAUUG